AUGUCGAUGUUAUUUCGUUAUGGAUAUUCAUCAUUAAAUCGAAUAAAACCUUUGAAUACAUUUUUAAAACGUAAUCAAACAUCAUUAGCUCAUAAAAAUGGAAUAAUAAAUUCAAAAAAAUCAUUAAUUUCAUCUCGUAAUGAUGUAAAAGAUGCACGUCGUAUUAUCGUUAAACUUGGUACAGCAUUAAUAACACGUGAAAAUGAAGAUGGUCUAGCAAUAGGACGUUUAGCAUCAAUAGUUGAACAAGUUUCACAAUUACAAAAUGAAGGUCGACAAACGUUAUUAGUUACAAGUGGAGCUGUUGCAUUUGGUCGACAAGUUUUACAUCAAGAAAAAAUGAUGACAAUGACAAUGAGAAAAUCACUUUCACCAAAAGAUAUUUUACAGAAUAGUCGAUAUGCUAUUCAAAGACAAGCAUGUGCAGCGUUUGGUCAAAAAGGUCUUAUGUCAUUUUAUGAACGUAUGUUUCAACAAUAUAAUAUUGGUGUUGCACAAGUUCUUGUUACAAAAGGUGAUUUUUAUCAUCCGAAUAGUCGAAAGAAUUUACAAGCGACACUUGAUGAAUUACUUAAUUUAAAUAUUAUACCGAUUUUAAAUACAAAUGAUGCUGUUGCACCAUUUACAGAUACAGAUGCGGAAGUAACAGCAGCAAAAGAUGGUAUUGUUAUUAAUGAUAAUGAUUCAUUAGCUGCACGUUUAGCUGUUUUAAUAUCAGCAGAUUUAUUAUUAAUUAUGAGUGAUGUUAAUGGUUUAUAUACAGGACCACCAGAUUUAGAAGGUUCAAGAUUAUUACAUACAUUUUGUCCGAAACAAGAUUCCGAAUUAAUUGCAUUUGGUGCACGAUCAAAAGUUGGAACUGGUGGAAUGGAAUCAAAAGUUAAAUGCGCAUCAUGGGCACUUGAUCAUAAUGUUGGAGUUAUUAUAAGUAAUGGAAAAAUCGAUAAAGGUAUUUUAAAUAUAAUGGAUGGAAAACAAAUAGGAACAUUUUUUACAAAUAUACCUAAUCAAUCAUUAUCAGUUGAUGUUCAAGCUGUAAAAGCUCGAGAUGGUAGUCGAUUUUUACAAAAAUUAUCAAGUGAUCAACGUAAAUCAAUAAUUAAUAAAAUGGCAUCAAAUUUAAUUGAAUAUUCAAAAGAUAUUCUUCAAGCUAAUAAACUCGAUUUAGAACAAGCAAAAAAAGCUGGUCUUAAAUCAUCUUUAGUUUCUCGUCUUGGUUUAACAGAAAAGAAAUUACUAACAUUAUCAGAUGGCCUUCAACAAAUAGCUGCAAAAUCUGAUAUACUUGGACAAGUUGUUCGUCGAACACGUCUUGCAGAUGGUUUAAUAUUAAAACAAAUAACUACACCUAUCGGUGUUCUUCUUGUUAUAUUUGAAUCCCGUCCAGAUAGUUUACCACAAAUAGCUGCUCUAUCAAUAUGUUCUGGUAAUGGUCUUUUAUUGAAAGGUGGUUCUGAAGCAAAAUAUUCUAAUGAAAUCUUAACAAAAUUAAUGCAAGAUGCCAUUGAACCUUAUGUUCCACGUGAAACAAUUGCUUUAAUUAAUACACGUGAACAAGUAUCUGAUCUUCUUCAAUUAGGAAAAUAUAUUGAUCUUGUUAUUCCACGUGGUUCAAAUGAACUUGUUCGUUCAAUACAAAAGCAAAGUUUACAAAUUCCAGUAUUAGGUCAUGCAGAAGGUAUUUGUCAUGUAUAUAUUGAUAAAGACGCUGAUUUAGAUAUGGCGUUACGUAUAAUUCGAGAUUCAAAAUGUGAUUAUCCAAGUGCUUGUAAUGCAAUGGAAACAUUACUUAUACAUAAAGAUCUUGUUCGAACAUCAUUUUUUGAAUUAUUAAUUGAUUUAUUACGUCUUGAAAAGGUUAAAGUCUAUUCGGGUCCACGUCUAGCGAUUAUGAUUCCAUUUCCACCACCAUCUGCAACAUCAUUAAAUGUUGAAUAUGGUGAUUUACAAUGUUCUAUUGAAGUUGUUGAUGAUGUUAAAGAUGCUAUCGAUCAUAUUAAUAAAUUUAGUUCAAAUCAUACAGAUUCAAUUGUUACAGAAAAUCAAAAAAUUGCUGAAGAUUUUCUUAAUAAUGUUGAUAGUGCAUGUGUUUUUCAUAAUGUUAGUACACGUUUUUCUGAUGGCUAUCGAUUUGGUUUAGGUGCUGAAGUUGGUAUUAGUACAGGACGUAUACAUGCUCGUGGUCCUGUUGGUAUUGAAGGUUUAUUAACAACAAAAUGGAUUGUUGAAGGUCAUGGUGAUGUUGUAGCAGAUUAUACUGAUGGAAAAAAGAAAUUUGUUCAUGAAUCAUUAAAAUUAACAGAAAAUAAUGAUAAAAAAAUAUAUGCACAACAAAUGACAAUAUAG